ACAACACGGACUUGGAGGCAUGGCAUGACAGGUGCAAGUCACGUCCUUUAGCUGGAGUUGGGCAGGUUCAUACAUUCUUCGCCUUGUUCUGAUCGCACCUCUUGACACACCAAGUCAGCUGCGAACUUUUUAGAAGCUCCAACGCUGUGCUAUAUGUCGGUGUUUGGGAAUGUCAUGACAGUGCACCUGUGAAUCCACCUGUUACGCUUUGCACCUGUAAGGUAAACAACAUUCGCACGAAGCUGAAGCUGCCCGUAGCAAGUGUACAGGAAAAAAAGCACAAGAAGUGAUUAGCCAUGGCGAUGGAAAAGCAGCACAUCCUGAAGGACACCCAUAACCACUCGGUGACGGCCCUGGGGUACCACCCCACCCGCAGGGAGAUCCUGGCAGGGUUCGAAGAUGGUGUCAUCAAGGCCUGGGAGUCGGACAGUGGCAAACUUUCACAGUGUGUCCAGGAGCAUGCUGGGUGGAUUACUGACUUCCUGUUCUGGGCGGAUGAGAAGCUGCUGCUGUCCGCCUCCAAUGACGGGACCAUCCUGUGCUGGAGUGCAGGAGGGACGGUCCUGGACCGCAUCACCUUCGGCUACCCCAUCUACAAAAUGACCCUUAAUGUCAGACGUCAUCAUCUGAUUUGUGGAUUCAAUGCAGCUGUGAAGCUCUUUGAUCUAGAUGAGAACAAGGAAAGUGGGCACUUCAUCAAGAUGAAGGGGGCACACGUCGCACGGGAGCACACCGACAUUGUCCGCUGUAUCGUAUGUCACGAGAACCGCGUGUACACAGCAGGAUAUGACAGGAAGUUUAUGAUCUAUGACACCAUCACCUACCCUGGAACAAAGGGCUUGAACGUUUUAUACAGUAACCACAAUGCACAUGAUGCUGGCAUCAACUGUAUGAUCAUGGUCAAAGACAGCGAGAAUAAUACGUGGAUCUUGACCGGCUCUUUUGAUAAGACUGUUAAGAUCUGGUCACCUGACGGGCAGUUGACACAUAAACUCGACGGCUUCAUGUCCGCCAUCACCAGCAUCUGCUACUGCAAGCCCAGCAAGACAGUCUGGGUGGGGAGUGGGACGUCCUACGCCAGUCUGUACGAUCCCAAGUCCGGAGAAAACGUCUCGGACUUCAUCGGCACCUUUCAGUCCGAGGGUGAGCAGACUCUGAAGUACCACCUGCAGCUGCUGUGUUUCUGUCCCGAGUUCAACCAGGUGGUGGCCUCCAGCAGUCGCAGGCAGCUGUUCGUGUGGAAGUACAACACUUCGGGCUGCAUCACGGCGCUCAAGUGUAAACAUGCCGUGGAGAGUCUUACUUACACACAAAAGGUCCCUAUCUUGAUCUUCAGUGGAGGCAGUGACGGCAUGUUGAACAAGUGGGAAAGGCUGCAGACCAACACCUUCAUGUACAGUAAAGAAUCCUUCCUGUACAGUGAAGCCCAGGCCAAGCUAGCUGCCAUGUUAAAAAUCAAGAACAAGAGAACAGAGAGCGAUGCCUCAGGGCACGGGUACCAGUCUGCCUCCAGACAGCACACCAUGAACAAGUCCUUCCUGCCACCCGGCAAGAACCGCAGGCACGCCAACGUGGCCUUGUUACGGACGAUGUUUGUGGAGAGCCUGGACUUGCUGGUCGCCACGUGCGAGGAUAGCAACAUCUACGUGUGGGGCUUCGAUGACGAGGCGGCCACGGUGCUGCAGAGGAUGCAGCCGUCAACCUCGGAGAACCUGGUGCAGAAGUACUUCAUCCUGCUGAGUCCUCAGUCCCAGCUGCUUCCCAAGAACGGGACCGGCCAGUUUGAGGAGCACGACUCCGUCACCAACCGUGUGGCAGGUUUCAUCUGUAAGAACGUGCUGCAGGGACACAACAGCUGUGUUACGUCAGUCAUUGUGGUGGGACGGGAGGCGGGAUAUGACAGGGCAUACUUGGUGAGUGGAGGGUGGGACCGCAGACUCCUGAUCUGGGACUUGGCUGCAGGGACCCUGCAUGACUUCUUCCGCAGCAGCACCCCAGAGCUGGCCCCUGAAGCACAGGAGCUGGCCUGCGAUGGCAUCAUCAUUGACAUGGCAUACUGUCCAAAAAGGAAUGAGUUUGCAUAUGCCUCCAGCGACAAGAUGGUGUACAUCCGAACCUUCAGCCCUGUGGGGAGCGAAAUGACGCUGGUCAACACACUACAGGGGCACGAGGGAGAGAUCACACAGGUUCGAUGGAAUCAUCUGACAGACAAGUGGGUGACUGCCUCUGAAGAUGGCACCCUGCGGAUUUGGUCGGAGGAUGGCAUGAACUGUGACCAGAUCCUCAACGUCCAUGGAACGGUGAGUGCCCUGUGCAUCGACCAAACCAACGGCUGCAUGGUGGCAGGGGUGCAGGAUGUCAUCAAGGUGUACGAAUCAGAACAGUACAAACUGGUGCAGACAAAUGUUGGGCACACAGAUGCCGUGCGCUGCAUUAUACACAUCCCAGAGAGGGCACAGUAUGUUUCUUCUUCAUGGGAUAUGACAAUACAAAUAUGGAAUGCUUACAAGAAACCUGUGCCUCGGAAGAAGGUGCAGCUGGACGAAAACAAGCCCAAGACUUUCAUCUUCCCACCAGGAGGGACCAUCAGCGACACCAUGUCAGAAUAGAUCAUUGGGACCACGGCUACUUACAUGAAAAUUUUAUCAGGGACAGUAAUUUCUCUAUUUGACUUAAUGUAUAAAUCUACCACAUGCAGUAAGCCAAAGUGUACAGGAGGUAUAUUUAACAGGAUUAUUUGUGGAUGACACAGCGCUGUAACUACAGUAACUACGCUGCUAUUUUCUAUGUUUUAUAUAUUGUGUUCACUUUCCAUGUGGAUACUAUAUUUGUAAUAAACCAAUUGUGUCCACUUGGCAGCUAAAUUAUGUGUUGAAUAAAUCUUUACUUAAAUGA